CAGAAGAGUGACAGAGAGAGUGGAGACUGCGAAGACGAAGAAGGACACAGGACAUGGCCCAAAUCCAGCAGCCCGAGCCGGCGAAGGUGGAUAAGUCCCAGGCAGACACCCUGACAAAGGAGAUUGACCUGGUGCAGAGAGAUCCAAAGAAGAUCAACCAGGAUGUGGUCCAGGUGGAUUUUGAGGAUGUGAUCGCUGAACCGGAUGGCACUCACAGCUUCGACGGGGUGUGGAAAGCCAGCAGCACCACUUUCACAGUCACAAAGUACUGGUGCUACCGCAUCCUUUCUGCAGUUCUUGGCCUGCCUCUUGCGUUGCUCUGGGGCUUCUUGUUUGCUUGCCUAUCGUUCUGCCACAUCUGGGCGGUGGUUCCCUGCGUUAAGAGCUAUCUGAUGGAGGUGCAGUGCGUGGGCCAGUUCUAUUCUCUUUGCGUCCGUACGUUCUGUGACCCUAUUUUCGAGGCUGUGGGAAAGGCACUAAGCGGGAUACGAGUGGCACUGAGGAAAGAAGCCUGAAGACAGAGGAUCCCAGUUAUUUCCUAAUCGGUGUCCAAUCCCUGAGGUGUUGUACUAUGUCCACUGAAGGUGGCUUCUCUGAUCAUCCCCAGAGGGACCAGCAAUGCAUUCAUCUUCAAAGCAUUGCCGCUCCCUCUGGCACCAUAAGGCCAUGGACAUUGAAGCCCCUUGGAUUAGGCUCACCGGUUGCCUUCACCAUUACUCGGUUGUGAGAGCAUCGUCUCUUCACCAGUGAUACAAAUAAAGACUUGGUCAACAAUAAGAUACAAAUACCACAUUUUAUUUGCACGGCUCUGUGUGCACCAGUAGCUGCAUUUCGAUGAGAAUUGGAUCUGUAUUAAAGAACACACGGCCUUUUAUCAGAUCGUUUUACAAUGGCAGAAAUUCCAAGGAAGCAGCGAUCAGCUUAGAAUGGGUUUAAGUUCCCCCCAAAUCUUUACAGAGCCAGUAGGCCCAAAUGUAUAUGCCCUUCUUCUCAACGUUAUCCACACUCAUCAAGUUCAUGAGAAGGAAAGACAACUGAAAUACACGGCUUUUCUCCUUUGAUACAGAGAGAUAGGGUCGCACGCAGCAGGGGGUUACGUGUCUCACGGUGAGCAGGUAACCCAAGUGCUGGGGUGCUUCUGAAUAACUCAACAUAUAGCAGUGACAAAAGGGAUGCAGCACGGACACGGAGACAGCAGAAGAAACAGCAAAAUAUUUAUUACGAAAGCAGAGGGUUGACGCAAGCCACAAGAGCAGACAAACAUGUAAGAUCUGCGGGAAGCUCGGUUGCCUUUUGUGCCAUUAAAGUGGUAAAAUAAGCUGCCCCGCGGACCUCAUUCCUCUAAAAACAAACAACUAUUCUUAAGAUGUUGCUGGUGAUGUUGCGGUGACCCCUUCUGGACAAAUGGUGCAUUACAUCUUCGUAAAAAGGUGAAGACGUUCACAAUUCCAUUGGGGGGGGCAGAAUUUAAUAACCUUAAAGGACCAAGAUCCAUUCAUGUGUGACGAGCCUAUGAUCCAUAUUUAUAUGUUUAAGCAAAUCUCAUACCAAAUGCUAGAAUUCAGUAAAAUAUUAUUCUUUUUCUCCCCAGAGUUGUUACACGUUAUCUACUUAUGUCCAUCAAACUUUUCUUUUUCUUAGUAAAUGUGAUCAAUGCCUUUUUAUCGACUCCAGGUUUCUUUAAUCUAGACCUAGCUAUGGUUUAAAACAACUUAACUAGCAAUGCGUAUCCAUCAUAAGUU